UUGCAUUACCCCUGUUACAUAAAUACAGUUAUAAUGGUUGUACCAGUGAUUUGCGUAUUUUUAGCGGUUACUGCCUGGAAGGAUGGAAUAUAAAACUUCUCGACACGAGGCUGGCAGGCUAAAAUAGCUUGAAUUUGAUUAAAUUAUUUGACGAGAAUUCUCUUCCAUAGAAAAUUUGUGUUAUCUUUCCAUUUACUUUUUCUGCAUCACAUAAAACUUUCUUAUAGAACGGGGAGGGAGAAGUUGGUAGUGCCCGGAAUACAUCUGAUUUUGAUUGACGUGCGCGCUCUCAAUCGGUCUGCUUUUUGCAGAUGCCUCCCACAUAAAACGGCCAUGAGCAUUCUGGUCACAAAACAUCAUUCUCUUGGGGAUCAUUUUCUGCAUUUUUCUUGUCAUGGCGAAAAAUUAUGGCAGCAUCGACGAAGAAAAACAAAAGAUGAUAAAUAACCAGAUUGCUCUUGACGUAUUGGAUAAAGACUUUUUCCCAAAUAAUCCUUUUGGUGAAUCAUUUGAUGAAACUUUCUGGAAAUCUGUAUUUGAUCUUUAUCAAGAUGGUGAAGGAGAAAAGAAUUGGGCAGAGGCUUUGUCGGAAGUUAGAGUUUCCUUUCUUACUGAAAAGUUUAAAAAAAGUGGACAAGACGUUAUUUUUGGGCUAAUGACAGUAUACGAUAAUUUUUAUAACGAGUCUGUUAGACAAGAUCAAUUAGAAUUGCUUCCAAGUUUCAUACAACAGCUUUCUGAACUCGUCAACUUGAUUUUAAACAAAGAUUAUGACCAGUCUAAAAAGUCAGGUCGCAAAAGUACAUACUCAAAAUUUGUAAAAUGCACAGACUCGAAAAAGACAGUUCUGCAUUUAGCUGCUGAAAGAAAUUUAAAGCAGAUUGCUAGUCAUAUCAUCAGUUUAUAUCCUGGUCAAUGUUAUAUCAAAUCAUCUGGCACUAUUGGUAAAAAGAUAGCAUUAGAACUUGCACUUGCUGAAUACCACGACAGUACGGCUGCUCUUCUUAUUCAUAAUAUGUUAAAUGAAAGGGUGCGUCAACUUUUUCAGUUUGAUGAAGCAUUAGGCCGGUGUAAAUUUAGUUUUGCUGCCAUUGCUGGAAAUGAAAAGAUGAAGGACACUGUGUUGGCUGUGCUUGAUUGUCUGAUCAAUCCUGAUUUUCCAUAUGUUCCAGUGCCACCUGGUGAAGAAACAGAAGCUGCAUGGUCAAAAAUACCUGACAUGCCUAUGCGGUAUCACAUCUAUUAUUUAUUAUUAGAUGGUGAUGACAAUGGCAGGCCGGCAAAAAUAAAAGACGUGAAAACUGGAAAAUUUGUUAAAAAUAAGGAUUUUAAUCAAAACACCAAAUCUGCAUUGCAACUAAUUGCUGAGAGCCCAUAUAAUGAUGAUAUCAUAGUUCACCCAGCAAUUCGUCUUUUGGUUCAAAGGAAAUGGAAAGAGUAUGGUCAUUUCAGAAUAAAGAUGCAGUUUGUUUUCUACUUCAUGUACCUAUUACUAAUGUCAUUGGCAUUCUUUUUGUCGAUUAAUGAUAACAACAGGACAAUUUACUCAACAACAAAGGACAAGAUACGAGGGAUUUGUGAAGCCCUGACACUGAUCAUAUCAGUGAUAUAUUUCAUAUCAGAAAUUGAUCAAAUGUUCAAAGAGAGACUAAUGUAUUGGAAGGAUUUUUACAAUUACAUGGACCUUCUGGGUCUCAGCUUGGUUAUUGCAUUGUUACCAAUUAAGUGGCUGACUGUAGAUAUGAUAACUGGCACACCGUCAGCAGUGGAAUGGAUAUGUGCAUCUAUUGCCUACCUUGUGAAUUUCUUGCGAGUCAUCAAAUAUUUUCCUGCUUACAGACAAAUCGGUGUUUACGCCAAAACAUUCGCAAAGAUCUUAUACUCAGAUAUUUCGAAGUUCUUUCUGCUCUAUUCCGUUGUGAUGGCAGCAUUCACUGGCAGUGUUAUUUUAGCCCUCAAAGCUUCCAAGGAUGGCUUCUCAAAAGCAGGUCUAACUGGAUGGCUCGUUCUGUUACAAGAGAUACGAGCACUUACAGAAGGUCAAGGUUUUCAUGACAGUUAUGCUGGUGUUUUCAGUGUUGGUUUGAUAAUCCUCCUCAUGGUUAACAUGUUUGUAGUCAUUGUCAUGCUGACCAACAUUCUAAUUGGUCAGUUGAGUUACCGAUACGAAAAUGCAUUAGAUAACGCAAAAAUUCAGUAUGACAUUGACAAAACCAAGAUUCUUACUAGAAUGGAAAACAGUAGAUUUAAAUGCUGGAAUUCGCGGGUAAAAUACUAUGUUGAUGCAGCAUAUAUCACGGAAACCGCCGUUGUUCAAGAAUUACUUAACGACUGGGAAUCUAUUGCACCUGCUAAAUUUAAGGACGAUGGGAAGGAGUCCGUAAGAUCCUUGAUGAAAAAAUUUUGCUCGAAGAAAUUUUAAUUUGUAGCAUGUGGGAAAACAUUUUGAACUAUGGACACUAUUUUUAUGUUGUUGUUUUUGAACUAUGGACACUAUUUUUAUGUUGUUGUUUUUGACUAUGGUCACUAUUUUUAUGUUGUUGUUUUUGAACUAUGGACACUAUUUUGGCGUUUAGUUGAGUUAAGUUUUUCCAGAUAUUUUGUAGUUAUUCAAUUUUGUAUUUAUUUAUUUUAUUUAUUCAUUUUAUUUUUAUUAUUUUUUUUGUAUGAGGGAUAAAUAUUUGAAUUUUCAACACUUAUUUUGUAAUUUUUUAAGCUCAUCGUUAAUAUUUUGAGUAUUUACCUAAGUUUAUUUAUUUAUUUUUUUAUUUUAUUUUUUAUUUUAUUUUUGUAUUUAAAAAACACCUAUUUUUGUAUUUUUAUAAGCACGUUGUUUUUUAUAUUCUUUAUUGUUAUCCUUGACUUAAACUGAAUAAUUACCGGUUCAAUGCAUUUAUUUAAUAGAUCAUUACCAUAAGGACUAAAUUAAGGACUGUUUGUACACGAAAAAGAACAUUGUGCUACGGAAACACGAAAUAAGCGAUAUAUAAAGGAUGGGCGACCCCGUAGAUUUUUCCACGGACUACCGGCUAUUCUCUUCAAUAAUAGCCGUAUUCUGUCUUAAAAUGUCAAAGCGUUAUAGGAGCGCUUAUAUCAAGUAUUUACUCUGUAAGUAUUUAUUCGCACUGUUUGUAGAUAUUAGGAAGUUAAGUGAUGGGUAGCCUAAAUAAGUUCUUGCGAAGAAACUCUUUCAGACAGCCGUUGUUUUAAAAACGUAUACACAUCGCACACGUAAUUUCAAUGCUAUGAGUCGACAGAAACAUAUUCUACUCAUCUUACUUCAAAUAUGUAUUUAUACUCGUUAUUAUUUAAAUAUUCUCACUUUGAAAGUUAUUUAUUUUUGAAGUAUUUGUAACUUUUGAUACUUUUUUUGGGCAAUGGAGGAAAUAAAAACUUAAGAACAA